AACGUCCCCGCGGCCGCAUCACCACAACGGGCAUUGACCUUGACGCGUGCCUUCCAGCUGCACCGACUCUCUGCCAAAAUCGCCCAUCCAGAGCGCGCAAUCAUCAUGAGCGCGGCAGCUGCGGCGUCUGACACGGGCGAAGCCACCUCGUCGAGCGCGCGACGCAAGUCCGGACGCGUAACGAAGAAGCCCGAAAAGUUCACGCCCGGCACGAGCCCAAACGGCUCCUCGAAAAGAAAGCGCGGCGACGAGAAUGACAGCGGCGAUGCCGACGAGCAGAGCUCCGAAGAAGAGGAUGAGAGCUCCGACGGCGAGCCCGACGAGGAGGAGCUGCGGGAGCGGCGGCGCAAGACCAAGGGCAAAGCGCCUGCGAAGCGGCCCGCGCCCAAGAAGGCCAAGACGAACGGGAAGAGCGUGACAUUGGCGAUGCGCCCCGCGACGGGCGCGCCCAAGAGGCCUAGCAGGCCGCGCAAAGCACCCGUUCGCAAGAGCGUUCUGGCGGGAGACGAGACGGAAGGACUCUACGUCGAUGUGUUUGGCAGCGGCGACCGCCCUGAGGAUGUUGCGGCACGAUGGGUUACGCGCUUCAACGACCACGAGGCGAAGGCGGUUGCUGAGAUCGUCAACUUCGUGCUGCGCGCGGCUGGGUGCGGUCUCCGCAUCGACGAGGACGACGUUGCCGACCCGGACAACGCGCCGAGCCGCGUGGCAGAGCUUCAGGACGAAUACCAGGCGCAGGACGUGACCGAGUACCCGCUGAUCGCUAAGGCGAAGGACGGGGGCGGCCAGGCCUUCAGGAACGCGCUGCACCGCUUCUUCCUCACGCUCGUCCAGAGCAUCGCGCAGUCGGGGCUCAUGUACGAGAACCAGGAAUUGCUAGAGAACAUCGCCGUCUGGGUCGGCGCAAUGUCCUCGAGCGCCAACCGGCCCUUCCGCCACACAGCCACCGUCGCGGCGUUAGCGAUCACGACAGCGCUUGCCUCGGUCGCAGCAGACAUUGUGGAGAACACCGCGAAGAAGAUCCGCCAGAGCGAGUCCGAAGCGAAGAAGACUCGAGUCAACAAGGCUCGCGUUUCUGCGGCCAACAAAGAGGUUGAGGAAUACAGCGCAAAGCUAGAGUCUGUGGACAGCGCACUCAACGACUGGUUCAGUCUUGUGUACGUCCACCGAUACCGCGACGUAGACCCUCACAUCCGAGUUGACUGCGUUGGCGCGCUGGCAGACUGGAUCAUUGCAUACCCAGACAAGUUCUUCGAUGGCAGCCAUCUGCGCUACCUGGGAUGGGUAUUGUCAGACCCCAACUCACCAACACGAGUCGAAGUGCUGCACCAGCUGGCGAGGCUGUUCAACGACGAAGACAAGCUUGCUGGGCUGAAGACUUUCACAGAGCGCUUCCGGCCUCGAAUUGUCGAGAUCGCGACUCGCGACGCAGAGAACAACGUACGUGCUGCAGCGGUCGACCUACUGGACGUUCUACGUGAGGCUGGUUUUCUCGAGCCUGACGACAUCGAUUCUGUCGGCAAGCUCAUCUUCGAUGCUGACGCGAAGGUGCGCAAGUCUGUCGUUGGCUUCUUCGCUGAGAAUGUCAACGCUGCAUACGAAGCUAUUGUCGACGACAUGGGCGGUCAAGAAGCUCUUGAUGAGGCAUUAGGAUCGCCCGAUGACGAGGACGAGGAAUAUCAAAACCCGCGCUUAGAAUGGCUGAAGCUGAAAUGUCUCGUUGACCAGCUCCUCUCAUACGACGAGGACGAAGAAGAGCUGCCAACCCAGAUCGAGCGGAUUUCACACACCAGUGCACAGAUGGGUCUAGUGACGGCUGGCGUUGAGUCGAGAUACUCGUUGGCUGCCCAGGCGCUGUAUGAGACCAUACCUGAGAUCAGGUCGUGGGAAGUACUGGCAGGCUACUUGCUCUAUGACCACACGCAGACUGAACAGGACGCCGGUGAAGAUACGGAAGCCAUGCUACGACAGAACUGCAAGCUCGAGGAGAAGCACGAGACCGCACUUUUGGAUGUCCUGAAUGCAAUCGUGCGCCUUCGACUGCAACGCCUGGCCGACGCACAAACAGACAAGAAAAAGACUAAAACCCAACGCGACAAUGGCCAAGAAGAGCAAGCAGAGAUGGCAAGAAAGCUUACACUGCUCAUUCCUGACCUGCUGAAGAAGUUCGGCGCGCUUCCUGAGGCAGCGGCAUUGUGUCUUCGUCUUGAGCGGGAGUUAAGUCUGGAGGUCUUCGACGAGUUGCGCCAGAACACAGCGUUGGCCGCACUGCUUGAUGACAUCAACAAGCAGUUCCUGACACAUCACAACGAGCGUGUUCUGAUUGAAGCUGUUGGGUCAAUGUUGCACGCGCAAGAGAAUGAGGAACUCAAGGAGGUGAUUCACCUCAAGAUCCAAGCUCUCUGGGACGACCUCAUCAACACGUUCGAUGCGUUACGGCGAGACAAAGACUUCUCAGCGCGUGGCAACCUUGAGCAGAAUAUCCUCGUUGGCGUCUCGAACAUUGUCCUGAAGAUAGCUCAGUUGAGUAAGGUCUCAGACGCAGCGGUACUGGACCAGAUUGUUGCGCCUGCGAAAUCGAGGGCCAAGUCGAAGAAGGCUGUACUGGAUUCGCCGCCAAUCGCAUCUGUCCUACAAAUCCUAGAUCGUGGCUUACCGUCGGACGAUCUGGACGAAGAGACGAACGAGGCCGAGGACGUUCUUGUUCGCCACGCCAUGUCAGUCCUGCUCACAUACUUUGCCUGGAAAUGCAAAGAGUGCUUGGACCAUAUUGAAGCUGGCACCAGCAUGCCGGACGACGAUCUCACAACCUUGGUUGAGAGGCGAGAUGCUUGUGUCACAUCACUGAUGACCAUAAUUGAGAACCGCAAGGGCGCCGACGACGUGCGUCUCGAAGCCGCCAAUCUCCUUCUUGAUAGCUACAACAUGUUCCGCUCGCUGAAAGCCAAGAAGGCGGGUCUCAACCGCACGCCCAAGAAGGUGCAAGGACGGGCUUCGAAAGCACACGAAGAUGACUCGAGCGACGACUGGGAGGCAUUAGCGCAAGACAUCGAUACCCCAACCGCCAAAUUCUUGAUGCAGGUCCUCACGGCGAUGGAGAACAACCUCGCCAAGCUCGCGAACAAGCGUCUUGAGGAGCCGGAUGUGGACGAUGACCCUGUCGACCCUGAUGACGAACCCGAAUCUGAUGAUGAGGAGUCAGAGAGCACACGCACACAAGAGGACAAGCAAGUCCGCCUCCUCAUCGCCGAAGAACGCCUCUGUGAGUACGGCGGCCGCCUCGUACACGCGUGUCUAGUCGGCAGCUUUGGCGCAGAGGGCGGCGAGGCGGUGAAGACGCGUCUGGAGAGGAACAAGGCGAAGCUGACCCUGACAUGGAAGGAGGUGGUUGGCCAUCUCGAUGCACAGAAGUUCGUCAAGAAGCCGAGGAAGGCCCCUGCUAAGCCGGCCGCGAAACCUGGAAAGAGUAAGGAGAUCAUCAUCGACAGCGACGACGAGGAGGAAGAGGAGAACGAGGUAGCAGGUGACGAGAUCGAGGACGAGGAGAUGGCGGAUCCGGACCAGGAGGAGCAGGUCAACGGCGAUGCUGAGGAGCAUGCGCCGGAGGAAGCAGACGAGGAGAGCAUCCUCGGCGACUGAGUCCGCGGUAUGCGGGGCAUGAUAUAUCGAGCGUGCCAUUUCUGUUGUCACCUUCUGUCACUUUCGCAUUGCGGGAGGGCACCGAGCAGCUCCUCCAGCGGGCGCUGCGGCGUUUUCACGAUACCGGUCUCUAGUGUGUGGAGCUUUACUUUUUGUACGAUGAGAAUCAAGAUGUUCAUCCUUCC